AUGAAGUUACUGAGUAUCUUACCUCUGCUAGCAGUUGCUUCCUGUUUACCAAUUUAUGCCAACAUUAGAGUUGUUAAAGUGAAUAGCGAUGGUAUUACAAGUGUUAAAGAUUACAAAAAUGUCAAUCUAGAUGGCGUUGAGAGUCUAGAACAGUUAAAUAUUGCUCCAGAAUUCAAAGAUUUGGAUAAAUCAAAACCUCAUGGUAUUGAUCCAAAACCUAAAGGUUGUCAUGGGAAAAAAUUCAAAGGUCCAAAAGUUGAACCUGAUGAAAAUGGUGUUGUUGUUGGUCCUUUCAAAUCUUAUGAAGAAGUUCAAGAAUUCACCAAUAGUUUGGUUCAUAAUGAAGAGAUUGAAUCAUCAUCAACUAAUUCAUGGAUUAGUGGAAAUGAUUAUGUCCAAUCAACAAAGAACUGGGCUAAUGAUUUAGUUAAAGAUGUCAAAGACAUUGAUUUCAAACAAUCUUUUAAAAACAUUGCAACAGAUAAUGAUGCUUUAAUAGCCGUUAGUGCUGGUGUUUUAAGUGGUGUCUUCUUAUACUGCAUCAUCUAUUUGGUCUACUUGCGUAAAUUAGCUUUUGAUUCUCAAUUUGAGGAUUAUGAAGCUGCACCAGUCUCUCUUCCAGAGUACAGUGAUGAAAAACUUCCAUUAUAUGAAGAUGAAGAUUCUUCAGAUCAUGAAUAAGCUUAACAAAAUGGUCUGAAUAUAUGAUUGCAUGAAAAUAGGUUUUUUAGGUAUAAGUGAGGUGGUUUUUAUGGUUGUUUUUCUU